AUGGACGUUUUGUCCCGCGAGUCGGCUUUGCUCGCUGGCAUCGCCAUCUUCACGCUCUAUUUGCUGCAUUCUGUUCGGGCGCGACGCAAAGGUGGGCUGCCCCCUGGCCCACCGGGUAUUCCCAUCCUCGGGAAUCUGCUCCAGCUCAACCCUCUACGCCCGCAUCCUACUUACCUGAAAUGGGCGCAGAAGUAUGGCCCGAUCUUCUCCAUCAAGCUCGGCAUGCAGCGCGUCAUUGUGCUGAACACAGCCGAGGUCGCGGAUGAGCUGCUUGUGACGCGCAGCAAGCUGUAUUCGAGCCGCCCAGACCUGCAUGUUGCGAGUGACCUCGUGAGUGAUGGACAGAGGAUGGUGUUGAUGGCGAACAACAGGGAGCUGAAGAUUGCAAGGCGAACACUACAAGGAAUACUCUCGCCUGGGCCGUCGAAGAAGAUGCGCAACAUGCAGGAUCUCGAGUCGCGCGUUCUGCUGCGCGACCUGGUUGUCCACGGCGAUAGCAGUUUAACCGAGACAUUCACUGAGGGCCCACAUGGCGAGGUACCUGAGCGGCACUGGUUCUCGGUGUUCAGACGAUACACCACGAGCAUUGUGAUGUCGCUUUCGUACGGCCAGCGAAUGAACCGCUUCCUCGAUAAUCCAGACCUGCACAAGGUGUACGAGGCCAUGUCUGUAUUCAUGCACGCUUCCGAGCCGGGAAAUUACCUUGCGGAUGUAUUCCCAAUCUUGCGACGGCUGCCUGACAUACUGGCCCCGUGGCGCAAGGAAGGGCGUCGGAUGCACGAGUGGCAAAUGGGGCUCUGGGGAAAGCUACUGGAUGAGUGCAGCUCUGACAUAGCGAAGGGCAUCGCACGCACAGGAUUCGUAUCCGACUAUCUACGCGCGCGCGCAGAGGCCGGGCUCGGUGACCUGCCAGGAAACGGUGCUACAGACGACGGCGUUGGAUGGAUGCGCGACAAAUUCCUUGCAUAUACGGCUGCCUCGGUGCUCGAAGCAGGCUCAGACUCGAGCUCGACGGUGAUGUUCUCGUUCAUCCUGUUCAUGCUCAGCAAUCCAGACGCAUUGCAACGCGCUCGCGAAGAGAUGGACAGGGUGAUAGGACCAGAUCGGAUGCCUGGCUGGGAGGACGAGGAUAGGCUGCCCUGGCUUGUGGCCUGCAUCAAGGAGACCCUCCGUAUCCGACCGCCGUUCAUCUCAGGCCUACCACAUGUGGCGGAAGAGGACGACGUCUACAAUGGCUAUUUCAUCCCCAAAGGCUCAAUGGUGAUUGGUAACGUUUAUGGGAUUCAUAUGGACCCUGCUCGGUACCUCAACCCUUCGAUGUUCGAUCCUGAACGGUUCUACAACGCGGAUUCGGGACUGCAGUGGAACAGUGGUCCGGAUUCACAGAACCGUGCCAACUAUGUCUUCGGGUGGGGACGGCGGUUUUGCAUAGGCAAGCAUUUGGCGGAGGCGUCUGUGUUCAUCGUGCUUGCGAGGCUGGUGUGGGGAGUGGACUUUUACGCCCCGGCAGACUCCCACACGGGCAUGCCUAUCCUUCCGGAUGUGAAGGACGAGGCGUCGUGGACGGACGGAUUGGUGAGCGCACCAAAAAUCUUCUCUGUGGGCUUCAAGCCUCAGUCCGAGAAACACGCGGAGGUGAUCAGGAGGUCGUACGUGGAUGUACAGGCGGAGUGGGAGGCAUUGGGGCAGCCCGUCGACGUGCAAUGA